AUGGCACGCAACCGUUGGUUCAACCCGCUAGCAGUAGAACCCGUUGCCGAAGUUUCAGGCCAGUGCACCCAGCAACGGCGCAACGGUCACUUGCUGACGGAAAAAGGAAGCUGGGCCGGACGUCUUUCGCACCCCAGUUUACUACGAAGUAGUUGAGCCACUGGGGGCGAGCCCCAAUAAACCGGGAGGGCCAGUGCUGGGGAAUACCACACAAUGCUGGUCCGGACCCCCCUUGGAGACAGAUCCUUGUGAUAUCGAG